CUGAUAGACAGACAGCUGUUUAUAUCUCCUGAGAGAAGCGAAAGUAGGAAACGUGUGAGGGAUUUCCAGAGGAAGAUAAGUGCAUGUAGGCUUCUCGAUCAUGUUUUCAGUCUUGGUGUCAAAAUUUCGACACAAACUAUGAUGGAGAAGGAACAUAAAGAUCGUCUCCAGAGAGCAUGGUUACCUCUUCUGAACACUGUGGGAGAUGUGAUAAGAGUUAUCGAUGGCCUGUUUACCAAAAAUAUAAUCACUCGACUCAUGAAAGAAAGAAUUGUGCAGGGCAAUGCAGUGCAUUCAGACAAACUACGUGCCUUGAUGGAUUUGUUGCCCAGGCGUGGGCCUGAGGCUUUUGAUGCAUUCUAUGAUGUUCUAAUAGAACAAGAAGAGUUUGAUGCAGCAGAUUAUCUCAAACCAGAACUAAAGGGACAGCACAAGACCAGAAAUGAUGACUUACCUAAAAAGUGGCCAGAUCGAGAUGUUCAUGAUCCUGAUCACAUAAAAGUAUCUCUUGUUGCUGACAAAGAAAUGAUUCAAAAUUUUGAGAAUGCAUAUUCUGAUGAGGUAUCUAUAUACCCUAUGUGCCGGGCAAAACGUGGGAUCUUUCUGCUGAUUGACAACCAGAACUUUUAUGCUGCACGUGCAGCUGGCAUUAAACUGGCGGACAGAGAUGGAACAGAAUUUGAUCAAACUGCACUUCAUUCUCUGUUUGAGGCGUUGGAUUUUAAAGUAGAGAUAAAGGACAAUUGUAGCGCCAAGCAAAUUGCAGAUGCAUUGCAAGAAGUGGCAAGGAAAAGUCAUCGUGAUUUUGACUGUUUCGCAUGUGCCAUUCUGAGUCAUGGAGAGCAAGGUGUUGUCUUCGGGGUAGACGGCGACAAAAUAUUAAUUAAGGACAUAAUUGGAGCCAUGGAUGGAGUCAGGUGUCCCACACUUAUUGGCAAACCUAAACUAUUUUUUGUCCAAGCUUGUCAAGGAAAUAAGUACGACAAAGGAGUAAGUGUGGUGAAACUGGGAGAUGCAGCAGGAGACAUGCCCACAGGUGACAGUGUCAGUACAGGUGAUGGUGUCAGCACAGGUGCUGAUGUCAGUACUGUUGCAGAUCACAUGAAGAAUAUGACCAUGCAGGAUGCUGUGCAACACAAGGAAGAACUAGAUGUUAUGGAUCUUUACAAUCUCGUAGAUAAUGUGCUGAAUAAGCAAUGCGAUAAUGUGUCUAAUGGAAAGACUGGAACCAAAUGUGACAUUUUUCUAGCCAUGGCAACUUCACCAGAUUAUGUGUCCAUACGCAAUACUAAAUUUGGGUCAUGGUUCAUCCAAGCUGUUGCUUAUGUCUUCUCCAAGUUUGCUCAUAAAAAUGAGUUGUUACAUCUUAUGAUUAAAGUGAAUCGUUUGGUCAGCAGAGCAGAGACCAGGGAGGGAGGAUAUAAGCAGGUGUCUGGAUUUAAUUCGAAACUCACCAAAGAACUCUACUUCUUUCCUGGCUUGAAGAAGCAAGUCCCCUCUCCUCGCCCCGAGACGAGCAUUGAACCACAAGCACAGAACUGAGCGGUGAACAGACAGCCAACCACAUGGGUAGAGCGCAGACUGUCUGAACCACAAUACAGCGCUGCUCUCUCUCUCUCACUCACAAACAAACAAACAAUUGCAAACAAACAAACACAGGUGCCUUGCAACUAAGUAUUCCGAGAAGUAAAUUUAAAGUAUUUGUAAAAUGCACUAACCUGCCGUACUGUAUGCAGCCUUCCACGAAUAGUGGCUUUGUCAGAUGAAACAAAGCAUCACAUCUGCUUAGGGCGUGGUCUAGGCGCCUUGUCCACUGGCAUUGUUAGUACACAAAGGUACACAAAGGUACACAAAGGUACACAACAACUUCAACCGCAAGAACUUUUUAUUUCAUGUGAGUGAUUGAAGGUUUUCGAUUCCUCAUCUUCCAAGGUGGCGCCGGAAGCUGUUUGAACCCGACUGUAGCAGACGACCAAGCUGCUCCUCCAUGUAUAAACCGCCGGAGACAAAUAAAAAUUACUUGCACGAGGAGAGAAGAUUUUGUUUGUGUCGUUGGCCAGUACAUCAUAGUCCAUCAUGAUGAUGUGUUUCAGUGUGUACAUAUUUUUGAAUUGAUUCUUUGUAUAGUAACUUUUUUAAAAUAAAAACUCGCCCUCAACAAGUAUUGGCUGUACUCCAAUAGGACUACACUGAUAGAUGUUUAAGAAUAUUAUUCCUUCUUGUUUACAAUAUUAUGUAUUGGAAUUAUUUGUUAACUAGUAGACCCAGUGCGUUAUUAGCAAUUUCAGUAUGAGCUCUGUCUGCCUUACUAUGUGAGUAAAACUACAUUUUAAAUAGGAAUUGGAUGCAAACACUGUCUUUAAUUAUUAUUUUCAUAACAUACUCGGUACUUACAACACAUUUAGCGCGUGUGUAAAAGAGAGAGAGAUAGCUGAAGAGAAAAUCAUUCACACAUCAUACUGGCUGUGUAUAUACAUAGGCAACAAAUACCAGUAAUAAUAAAGAAAAUAAUAGUAAAGAAUUUUUUUUAAUUGUGAAGGAAGACUUUUUUUUAAAAAUCACAUGGUAACGGUUGGUGUUUAAAAUAGUGAAUGUAAAAGAGUAUUAUGGUUAAUACACUUAUUUAAAGCGAAAAUGUAUAUUGUCAAACAGGCCUCACAAAACAAUGCAUCUGCUGAAAAUAAUUGUUUCAUUUCUCGAACAUUGCAAUUAUAACUUCUCAGGACAAAUUCCAGCGUACAGAGGUAUAUGGAACCAGAUGUUCACUGGAACAUUGGAACUGUCUUCCUUUGCAUAUCCUCCAUCUACCCGCCACCCUGUAAACGUUCACUAAACAUACAUGGUCCAUCAACACUACUUCUUACACCAAUCAACAUAGUUGUGAUUAUGGUCAGUCGACUGCUCCAUCCUUACUGUUUGUUCCAAGAUUCCUGUUAUAUUUGUCUUUUAUUACUUGUCUGCACAGUUGUUUCUCCUUCCGUCCUCCCUAUUCUGUCCAUGUCUCCUACUUGUCUGAAGCAAUGAGAACACGUUUAUUAUUUUAUUAGACCUCCCCAAACUUUCAUGCAGUCGCUGUAUAUCAGGAGAAUAAUUUCAAACACGGGUUAAUAAAUAAUUUAAAGAUUGUAAAAAAAGUUCUAAUUUAUAUUGUCUGGUAAUACUUUCCAUGUCUCAUCACUGAGGUGUUACAUUUCAUUCGUUUUGAAGUGAGAUGCAUGCAAUUUUGUAAACUUGACUUUUGAUGGUCGCAACAUGAACAUGGGGCUUCAUAUAUUGUCACAAGGGUGACAUAACGAUGUGAUAAUGCGUGGAUUCUACUUGUACUGAUGAUUUAAAUAAUAGUUAAAUCUUGUAUAAAACUUGACCUCCUGUCACACAU